AUGCCUGACCACCUUGGAGAUGAUAUGCGAAAAACUAAGAAAGGAGAAACUGCAGAAGAAGAGAAAGUCUUCCAAGGUCCGUUUUCCUCCUAUUUUCGAAACCUUUCUUUUUAUAAAUUUCAGCUCUGGAUGAAGGGGACAUCGCUGUACUUAAACGUUAUGGCCAAGGACCCUACGCAGAACAGUUAAAACAACUGGAUAACGAUAUCGAAGAAUGCGUCAAAAAGGUGACAUUAGCUUUUGAUGAAAACAUUUUUAGAAAGAAUGCGUUCCUCAUACUAUAUUUGUUUCGAAUCGAACUAUUUUGGUUUUUUUUAGGUGAAUGAGCUGUCUGGGAUCAAAGAGUCGGACACGGGACUGGCGCCGCCUGCGCUGUGGGACAUUGCCGCCGAUAAGCAGGCGAUGCAGCAGGAACAGCCCCUGCAAGUCGCCCGCUGCACCAAGAUCAUCACCAGCGAGAAGCACGAGCCGCGCUACCUUAUCAACGUCAAGCAGUUUGCCAAGUUCGUCGUCGACCUCGCCGAAUCCGUCGCUCCUACUGACAUCGAAGUCGAUAAUUUAGUUGGAUCGUUUUAGAAAAAUCUUUUUAGGAGGGAAUGCGCGUCGGAGUCGACAGAAACAAAUACCAAAUUCACUUACCUCUUCCUGCCAAAAUUGACCCUACCGUCACUAUGAUGCAGGUGGGUCUUUUUAUAAUUUUUUUUGGCAUUUGUAAUCUGAUUUGCGGUUUUUGAAUUUUCUUAUCGUUCACUCCCGAAAUAUUAGAAUCUCCACUUUUCUAACGCUUUUUUGCUAAUCGGGUAAAGAUCCUCGAAGUUCCGUCUUUGGCUCAAAAUUUUGUAUUAAAGACUUUUUUAUUCUUUUCUCUGGAAGGUUUGAUAUUCCAAGUUUUAAGGUGGAAGAGAAGCCAGAUGUGACAUACUCGGACGUGGGCGGCUGCAAGGACCAAAUAGAGAAGCUGCGCGAAGUUGUCGAGACGCCGUUGCUGCAUCCGGAGCGCUUCGUCAACCUCGGAAUCGAGCCGCCGAAGGGAGUCCUGCUCUAUGGACCGCCUGGAACCGGAAAGACCUUGUGUGCCCGAGCCGUCGCCAACAGGUCUCCUUAUUGAUUGAUAACUUCCAAUUUAUACUUUUUUUUUUCUCUGCAAAAGCUCAAUUCGAAGGGUCUAUUCGGAAAUUCACUAUCAAAGUAAUCAGAAACGCGUUUAAGAGAAGUUCAAUAAUAAGCUACAAUAAAAUCUCCGAAAUUCUCAUUUUUUGUUAUCUCAAAUUUUGGUCUUUGUUCAAAAUAUAGCCAAAAAAUAAGAAAAACUUCGCGAACGAGAUGAACUAAUAAUAAUAAAGCUAUAAUCUCUUUAUUUUAUCAAAGUUUCAAAUUACUUUGCCACAUUUCCGUUAGAAUAGGUUACACUAGCUUUAGUUGAAGCAAAAAAAAUAUAAUCGGAAAUUUUUUUAUUAUUUUUUUCCAUUAUAAGCAGCUUAAUAAAAAAAUACAUCUUUUUUUUUUCUUUUAGCCAUGUUUCGAUUUAUCUGGGCUAAUGUUGUUUUUGCGUAAAGACGAUUUUCAGAACUGACGCUUGCUUCAUUCGUGUAAUUGGAUCGGAACUUGUGCAGAAAUACGUCGGAGAAGGAGCCAGAAUGGUCAGAGAGCUUUUCGAAAUGGCCCGAACGAAAAAGGCUUGUCUCAUCUUCUUCGACGAAAUUGACGCCGUCGGUGGCGCUCGGUGAGAGUUUUUCUCGGUACAUCGGAAAUGAGCAACAUUUUCCUUCAGAUUUGAUGAUGGACAAGGUGGUGACAAUGAAGUUCAACGCACUAUGUUGGAAUUGAUCAAUCAACUCGACGGUUUCGAUCCUCGUGGUAACAUCAAGGUACGGAGGAUAUAUUAAAAACGAGAUGUGUAUUUAUGAAACUCGCGAGAUGAAUUUUUUGAAUAAUCUGGUAAGGCUCACGAAGUGAGGUCAAUCAAAAAUUGCUUUUUUUUUCGAUCGAGGGGGACUUUUAAAACGCCUGGUUUAUCUAAUAGUCACAACGAAUUUCUAUAGUUUGGAUAUUUUUGCUCUGAGUUUCUGCAGCUGCUGAAAUUAUUUUCUAGCUCGCUUUGCUUUUGUUCACGUAGAUUAAUCCAAUUGGCGACCACCAAAGAGUUUAAAGUCGUGAAUAACUGAAUAUAUCUUCGAGAAAAUGGGUAUUCCAGGUUCUCAUGGCCACGAACAGGCCGGACACGCUGGACCCAGCCUUGAUGCGUCCCGGCCGUCUGGACAGAAAGAUCGAAUUCGCCUUGCCUGACCUCGCCGGCCGGGCGCACAUCCUCAAGAUCCACGCCAAGCAGAUGAGCGUCGAGCGCGACAUCCGCUAUGAUCUGCUCGCUCGGCUUUGUCCCAACAGCACAGGUGAUUCGUGUCUCCCUUUAACACUGAAAGUCUCAGAUAGGAACAUUCAAAUUUUAAGCAAUCGAAGAUUUGUCAGAAAAAAAUUUGAAAAUCCGGCGAAAAUUUUCAUCAAGAUUUCCUUUUUAGAAAAAGUUUAUAAAAAAAUUUUUUUGGGUUUGUGAUUUCUGAAAAAAAUGUUAACGAAAAAGUCUCACAGUUCCCUGAUAUCAAGUAACAAUAAAUUUCAAGGCGCUGAGAUUCGAUCAGUGUGCACCGAGGCUGGAAUGUUCGCGAUUCGCGCCCGUCGAAAGGUGGCGACCGAAAAAGAUUUCCUCGAAGCCAUUAACAAGGUUUCCAGUUCCCCUUGUAUUCCCGGAAACUUUGAUUUUUUUCAGGUCGUCAAAGGGUACGCCAAGUUCAGUGCGACGCCGCGUUACCUCACGCACAACUGA